AUGGUAAAGCUUUUUUGUGCGAUUGUUGGUGUAGAGGGGAGCGUGUUCUCUGUAGAUAUCGAUGCAUCUCAGCUGCAGCUCUUUCUGGCCAAGAAUGACGAGGGCGUUUGGUUAUCGGACGAAGAACCUGCUGCGUUGGAUUUAGAAAGAGGAAGAACACAUUUGGAAAUUCAAAACAUGAUUAAUAGAGAGAAUAUAAAGGCGACAAAAACUUUACAGUAUUGGCUGUUCGACAUGAAUAAAAUGCCUGAGCCAUCAAGUGACCAAAUUCACGUGCUGGUGAUAGUUCCGCAGCCCAAAAUGGACUGGAAGUGUGCUUUACAGAGGCCUUUCCCGUAUGAUCCCAAGGACAAAUAUGUAUCCUUUGAGAAGGCGGAUGUAUGGGAUUUUGGAGCUUUUCGUAGCCAGCUAAAGCUGUACUGCAGGCCCUCCUUUCAUCGGCAAAUCGAUUUCAUGCGUGAAAAAGUCCUGGAAGAAAAACAUGUUGGCUAUGUACUCGGUCCUCCUGGAACGGGAAAGUCAACCGCCGCUAUGGUUUUUGCGUUAGCUGUUGACAGGACCAGAUGGGAUGUUAUCUGGAUUCACGUCGAAGGUAAAAUUUUAAAGUGUGUGCAUAUGAGUGGUCAAGAGCGAAAGACUGGAACCAUUGAUAUUGCGAAGUUAACGGCAUUGCUGGAAUCCAUCAAUGCCCAGAAUUGUUUGGUGCUUGUUGAUGGCUGGACUUAUACGGAAAGUAGAGGAGAUCUGGAAGGCACGUGCUUCCUAUGGUAUACCAGUGCAAAUGUUCCUGGAGAGAAACGACUUGUGUUUAUAUGCUCUGUGGCCUCUCGUGGAAAAUCUAGUGCAGAUUUUGAGUAUGAUUGGAAGAUAUUGGAGCAUGAAGUUUGGUCCUGGACAUUGGAUGAAUACCUUGACGCAAUUAACGACAAAGAGUUUUUCAACAACGUGUUGCCAAAACUUGACGCGACAAGUAACAAUACAUCGUCGACUAAUGCGAUGCAACAAGCAAUGAAGAAAAGGCGAAAAAGCCAGUCUGACGACCCUUUCGAUAAUCGCGCCUUUUUGUUGGAGACUAAGUAUCACUAUGCAGGCGGGUCAUGUCGAUGUAUGUUUCUGUAUACGACGGCAGAGGUGAUUCGCCAGCUGAAUCGUGCUAUUGAAAUGCUACCCGAUUAUAGUACUGCGACUCUUUCAAGUGGUAGCCGAUCGCCUCUUAUCGUCAACCGCCUGUUUGCGUUGUUCGAAAGUCAUACUUCCACGGGGGUAAUAGCCCCGCUGAUUAGUCGCUAUACUGCAAUUCAAAUUGGAAUCAAAACCGGUCCGGAUGAGAUCAAACAUUUUUUUUUCAAGUAUCGAGAGUUUGCAAACCCAGCAUUUAGUGGAUGGAUGUUGGAGAUGGCUUUUUUUAUAUCUUUACGACAUGGCGGUCUCGAAAUAUUCGAUGAAAGUAAUAACAUUGUUGAUAAGUGGGAACAAGCUACUGUUGUGGAUUCAGAUGGAGUACCUGAACUCAAGAAGGAUGGCCCUGUUUGGAUUAGACCCCUUCAAUGGAACCAAGGUGGAUACGAUGCUAUUAUGGUGUGUAAGCAAACUAGAUUCGUGAGGAUGGUACAAAUAACUCGUGCAAGCACGCACACAUUUCGUAUCGAUUACUUCUAUUCGUGGCUGAAGAAGCUUUCGGAAACGAACGAUAGUUUUAACGUUGGCAGACUGGAGAUUGUCUUUGUUGUCGCUAAAGACAGCCUACAGAAUUUUACAAUAUCGAAUGCUACUGGUCAAGGACUCCUGGAAGCGUUUGGUUGGGAGAAAAACACGGAGAUUAGUCGAGUACGGAUAGUUGGGAUGCGAGGGUUAAUAAGUGACUUCAAAUUGUAG